CGGCCGUGGUGCGCGCCGGCUCGGGGGUCCUCCUCUUCACCGUGCUGCGGCGGCGGCAGGUGGGCGCCUCGUCGGGAUGGAACACAUCCGUACGACCAAGGUUGAGCAAGUGAAGUUACUUGACCGGUUCAGUACCAGCAACAAGUCGUUAACCGGAACGCUGUAUCUCACAGCCACGCAUCUGCUGUUCAUAGAUGCUCAUCAGAAAGAAACCUGGAUACUGCACCACCAUAUUGCCUCGGUGGAGAAGCUCGCUCUGACAACCUCUGGGUGCCCCCUGGUGAUCCAGUGCAAGAACUUCCGGACCGUGCACUUCAUUGUUCCCAGAGAGAGAGACUGCCACGAUAUUUACAACUCUCUGCUGCAGCUGUCAAAGCAAGCAAAAUACGAAGAUCUCUAUGCGUUCUCUUAUAAUCCCAAACAAAACGAUGCUGAAAGACUGCGGGGAUGGGAGCUCAUUGACCUCGCCGAGGAGUAUAAGAGAAUGGGAGUGCCCAAUUCCAACUGGCAGCUGUCUGACGCCAACCGAGACUACAAGAUUUGUGAAACUUACCCCAGAGAACUGUAUGUGCCGCGAAUAGCAAGCAAACCAAUAAUUGUUGGUAGUUCCAAGUUCCGGAGCAAGGGGAGGUUUCCCGUUCUCUCCUACUACCACCAGAGUAAGGAGGCUGCCAUUUGUCGCUGUAGUCAGCCACUGUCAGGGUUCAGUGCCCGGUGCCUCGAAGAUGAACACUUACUUCAGGCCAUCAGUAAGGCCAACCCAGCCAACCGCUACAUGUACGUCAUGGACACCAGACCCAGACUGAAUGCAAUGGCCAACAGAGCAGCUGGAAAAGGUUAUGAAAAUGAAGACAACUAUUCUAAUAUUAGAUUUCAGUUUGUUGGAAUUGAAAAUAUCCAUGUCAUGCGGUCCAGCCUUCAGAAAUUAUUGGAAGUCAACGGUACCAAAGGGCUUUCUGUCAGUGAUUUCUACUCUGGUCUGGAGAGCUCAGGAUGGCUUCGCCACAUCAAAGCUGUGAUGGACGCUGCGAUCUUCUUAGCCAAAGCAAUCGAGGCUGAGAGCGCGAGUGUGCUGGUGCACUGCUCUGACGGCUGGGACAGGACCUCACAGGUCUGCUCCCUGGGCUCUCUCCUGCUGGAUCCCUACUACAGGACGAUCAGAGGGUUCAUGGUUUUAAUAGAAAAAGAUUGGAUCUCCUUUGGACAUAAGUUUUCAGAGAGGUGUGGCCAUUUGGAUGGUGACCCAAAGGAAGUCUCGCCGGUGUUUACUCAGUUCUUGGAGUGUGUGUGGCAUUUGACUGAGCAGUUUCCACAAGCCUUCGAGUUCAAUGAAGCGUUUCUUCUUCAGAUCCAUGAACAUAUCCAUUCAUGCCAGUUUGGAAACUUUAUUGGGAAUUGUCAGAAGGAAAGAGAAGAACUCAAGUUGAAGGAGAAGACGUACUCCCUGUGGCCGUUUCUUCUGGACGACCAGAAGAAGUACCUCAAUCCUCUCUACGGUUCCCAGUCUCAGAAAUCGGCAGUUCUGGAGCCAAAUACAGUGUCUUUCAACUUUAAGUUUUGGAGAAACAUGUACCACCAGUUUGAUCGAACAUUGCAUCCUAGGCAGUCUGUAUUUAAUAUAAUUAUGAACAUGAAUGAGCAGAAUAAGCAGUUAGAGAAAGAUAUCAAGGACUUAGAAUCUCAAAUUAAGCAACGUAGAAAUAAGCAAACAGAUGGAAUUCUCAGCAAGGAAUUGUUAAAUUCAGUCCGUCCUGAAUCACCCGCCCUCAAAGCCACCCUGAGUCUCAAGGAGCAGGCUCUGCUGCCUGUGAACGAUGUUCUUCGAACUAUAGAGGGCAGCAGCCCUGCAGAUAACCGCUACAGCGAGUACGCAGACGAGUUUUCCAAAGCCGAGCCUGCAGUGGUCAGCCUGGAGUAUGGCGUGGCCAGGAUGACCUGCUAGGCUCGAAGAGGGCUUUUUGGAGAGGGCUUUCUGGCUGCUUGCGGUGCGAUUAUUGUGAAUGUGGUCUGUGUGUGUGACGCGAGGAAUUUGCUUAAUAAUGAUCUUAGAGUUUAAUAGGUUAAUCGUUGAAGUCAGAGUGACAGCUACUCUUGUGAGAGAAGUCAGUUUAAUUGCAUUUCUAGCAAGGAAUGAAUGACUUUCAUUUCUGUAAGAAGCAGGUGAUAUAUUGGCCAAUGUACUCCAGACACAGUUUGUACUGUAUACUAGUAAAGUGACCUGUCUAUAUGAUUUACAUGUUAAUUGCAGCCAAACAUGAAUAGCUUUCCAUAAGUAUAAUUUGAUUGCCAGAAGACUCACUUAAUAAUUGACAUGGCAUGUACUUUCAAUUUUGUAACUAUGAAUGUUUGCAAAUGUUGCCUAUUAGUGGUAUUUAUUGUUGAAGUGCCCUGAAAAAUAUUUCUAAGAAAGCCUUAAAACCUCAGUUUACUCAUUAAUCAUUACAUCUUUCUAAGGUUUUAUAGCCGAGAGAGCAAUGGUUUGUUUUGUUUUGCUUGAUCAGCCUGGUUGUGUUUGUGAGGGGUUGCUCUCAUACCCGCAAGAGCUGCAGGCCCUACAGAAACAUGGUCGAGGGACACUGCCAACCUCAGGUGUGACUGGUCCCACUUCCAGAGUCAAAACAACCAAACUGGCAGUUUAAUUCUGGUCACUAUUUGUUUAGUGAUACAUUUCAUGACUUAUUAUUCACAGCUUCGAUUGUUGGUUUCUUGUGCUCGCAUUUGACCGUCUUUUCUGAACAGAUUACUGCACCCUAUUGAUUCUUAUUUUGUGGUUGGCCUUAUUCCUUGGAUAACUGUGUGAGUUUACAAAGCUGAAGCUCUAAAUUGUUAUUAGAAACAAUGAAUAGUACAUAUAUGUAUAUUUGCAAACUGUUUUAUCUCUCAACGAAUUGCUCUUCCUAGAAUAAGUUUUCAAGUUACUCAAGAAUCUUUGGGUUUAAAAAAGGGAGUACAGAUAGUUCAGAUUUUGCUUGAUUGCAUGAGUUUUUCUCUGUGACACAUUUUUUACUUCUCUGUUUUCACAGAAGAGAAAAAAGGGAAAUUAACACAAAGGUUAUGUUUAACAAAAAAUCUCAAUGCUAGGAAGAGUGUCAUUUUGCCAUGUUACAGUAACUGUUUAUUCUCUGUACUAGUACAUAUCAUUAAAGUACAAGAAAAAGAAAAAAUAAAAGAAAAUUACUUUCAGUUGACAGUAUCACCCAGCUGGCUUUAAAAUGGAAAAUUCGACAUGGGUGACACAAGCUGUGAUUCAGGGGUACUGGGAAAUCUGCAUAGGAUCCCUUCUGCUGCUUUUUAUUACACCGACAUCUGCUAUAUUGGUUUUAAACAUAAAUAUCUUUUUCAAAUGGUAAAACAGGCUUUGUUGUAUGAGCUUAUCUAAUCCUAUUUUUUCAGUGCUUUUCUGUAAUGCAUUAUGUAAUAAGAAAAAUACUUGUUUUUAAACAGUAAUGGAAACACACUGUAACGUAUAGUCUGUGAUUUAGCCAAGUCUAUUUCCAUAUUUGAGCCCUGGGAUGAGAAACUUAAUCUCUGUGACCACAGAAGGGAAGCUGUUGUGCCUUGUUACCUGGUUCCAGUUGCUGACUGUGGUUUUAGGAUCUUCCACAGCACCCUUCCUAUCUUCAGCUCUUUGGUUUAUUGUCUUCAUCUUCAACUUGAGGCAUAUAUAUGUAUGUUCACGUGCUCAUGUGUGGACUGAGAAAUCUGUUAACAUCCUAAGUGACCUACAGGGUGUGUGCUGGUGAAAAGUAGACUGUGGAUAUGUCCUAUAAGAUUGGAUUUGUGUUCAGUGUGUUUGGGAGUG